AUGGCACCUUACGAGCCCUAUCAUCCUCAGAAUCCUCCUCAGAGACAUCACCGUGGAUUUGGGAUGCCAAGCUCAUACAGCCGUAGCCGCCGUCAGAUGCAGUGUGUGAAUAAGGAAUGUCAGUAUGGGUUUGUACCAGGCAGUGGCGAGGAGCCUCAAGCCCCAGAAGAAGCUAUAAAUUUCUAUGACAUUGAGGAAGAGGAGGACACUGCUUUUCCUGCUUUACCAAGCCAGGGUAGCACUGCUCCCAUUGUCCAUGGUCCAGCACAAUUUUGGGUAGCAAGGAGGGGCCCAAACUCUGUUCCACCUAAUAAGCAGACCUCCUCAGAGGAGGAAGAAGAAACAAGUGAAAAUGGGAAAUUUCAUGAAGAUUAUAUCUAUGCAUCUCCAGAUCAUGACUGUGAAACUGCGACGGUAUUUAGUUCAGCAGAACCUACAGCAAACUUGCAGUUUCUUCGGUGCCGCUCCCAAUUUAUUCAGCUCCUCUUCCUCCAGUCAGUGAGGUGGGAGAAGCUGGUGCUGUUCUUCCACCUUACUCUUGUGAUCCCAGUGGCAGUGAUCUGCCUCGAGAUACAAAGAUCUUGCGGUAUUAUUUUAAUCUGGGAUUGCAAUAUUGUCAUCAGAGCUAUUGGCCUUCCAUGGUGUAUGUGCAGCCAGUACUGCCACCGUCACCUGUGGAAGUUUAUCCAGCAUAUGCUGAGCCAGCUCCUGUCCUAG